AUUAUACCUAUCACAUCUCAAUCGCGGCGGUCAUCUUUGGUAUCCCACGGUCCAUUGCUGAAAUCCAAACUCCCAGAAACAUGUCAGGCCUCACAAUUCACUCAAAACUGAAGCUGAGCAGCGGCUAUGAAAUCCCCUUGCUCGGGUUUGGUGUCUAUCAGGUCCCAGCUGACCAAGCCGAAUCCUGUGUGGGAGAAGCACUCGCUGCGGGAUACCGGCACAUAGACUCGGCAGCAGCCUACCGUAAUGAAGCGCCUUGCGGCUCUGCCAUCCGGAGCGCCGCAUCGACCAUUCCGCGCCAAGACGUCUUCUUCACAUCCAAGGUGCGCAGCAAGGGCAUGAGUUACGAGUCGGCCAAGGCGCAGGUCGACACAACGCUGCGGGAAUCUGGGCUGGAGUAUCUCGACCUGAUGCUGCUCCAUGCACCGUACGGUGGCUCCGAGGCCCGCAAAGGCAGCUGGAGAGCUCUGGUGGAAGCUGUGGAGGAAGGCAAGGUGCGCUCUAUUGGUGUGAGUAAUUAUGGUGUCCAUCAUCUCGAUGAACUCGAAAAGCACAUCGCGGAACUCGAGGCGGAGAGGGGCGGGAAAGGGAAAGGAGGCAUUUUGUCGGUUGGCCAGUGGGAAAUCCAUCCCUGGAUGCCCCGCCACGAUAUCGUGGAAUGGUCAAGGCAGCGUGGUGUCGCUAUCGAGGCGUACUGCCCUCUAGUCCGCGGCGAGCGGUGGGGAGACAAGGCGUUGCAGGACCUGGCGGAGAAAUACGGCAAGUCGGCUGCUCAGAUACUGCUGAGAUGGAGUCUGCAGAAAGGGUAUCUGCCCUUGCCAAAGUCAAUCACACCUUCGCGGAUUCGUGACAACGCCGAGCUGUACGACUUUGAGAUUUCGCAGGAAGAUAUGGCCAAGUUGGAGACCAAGGAGUAUGCGCCGUGCACUUGGGACCCAACGACUAGCGCAAUCGAUAACUAGAGAUAGAACCCUCCUGUGUAUAAUACGGGACUGUGUUGUUUGUUAAUCGCCCGUGGUUGCCGUCGAAGUCACUCAUACCAGCUGGGGCAGACCUAGAUCAAGGUGGUUCUCUAGAGCUAUUUAUCCAUUAUUGCCUUAUGACGAAAAAAGCCAUUACCAGCCGCAAUGAAUACCUAGUAACAGUGGCUAC